AUGGAAACAUACUAUGGGCUUGUCAAGACGGCAGUCUGCCACGCCUCCAAAGGCGCCUUUCCGAAGAAGAGCGAGAAUCUAUUCGAUCCGGCUCCGUAUAUGUUUGGGACGAACAUGAAGGAGGCAUCAGAAGAUGGACGGACAGCAGAUCAUGGAGCUCGAGUCGGGUCACUGGCAGAUUCCUGGCCUACCGGGAAAUGA